GAGCAUAUCAUCACGGAGAGACGCCAAUGAGGUGAUCCAUCUAUUAGUUGCAUCCCCUGUUUCCCUUAUUGAUGGAUGGAGCCAACCUUCUGCUUUGACGCCGCCACCUUCUAACGAUUGGCAUGGGCGUAACCUUAAUGUUAAACAGGAUCCUCGGUGGAACCCGGAGACGGUACGGAAAUACGUACGGAGUUUCAAGGACAAUGUUCUCAGCCUUUAUCCCCUUAUCGUCCCUGCGGAGCUUGAUAUCAUGGUCGCGGAAUUUCUAUACGAGCGAUUUUAUAUAGACAUCUAUAGUCGGGUUAUCCCUCCUCUUGAGGCUUAAUCGGCAGGCCAGAAGAGGAAGCGAUCGUUUGUGAUGGAUGAGCGAUAUACCUCCAUUUCAAUUCCGAACCACGAGCGUCUCUUGCGGACCGAGGAAGACGCUCUUAUUCUACUCGUCCUCGCUCUUGGUGACGUCUGUCUUCGCCGAGGCAAGAUCUCCGAUGUUGCUGGGGAAUCCAAAGCACAAUCUCAUAACCAUUCUCAAUCAACACCCAACUCACCGAUUUCACCGGAAGAAGACAGGGAUGGAGACAUACACGCAAGCGCAGGCCGACAUUCUUCUCUACCAGGCGCUACUAUGCGCGAGAUUCCCUAUCCACAUUCAGAGGUGCUAGACCUAGGUGGGAUGCCCAACUUGGACUCUUUGGACUAUUUCACGCUUGCGGUGGGCGGUCGCUGCCAGCACCAGAACGUAUGCAAUCACGUCUGCAUCCAUCUCCUUGCUGGCUUGUACUACGUUAGUCUAGGACGCCUUCCGGAGAGUUGGUCCUACAUUUUUCUAGCAAGCCAGAGAAUACAAGCUAUCGUCCAACGCACCUUUAAUAAACUACUUCUCUCUCCAAUGGGUAAUUCAUAUGCUGGAGAGUCGACCGAGGAUAACCAACUCAUCAUUAAUUUUUGGACAUGCCUGGGAUUAGAGAGUGAUAUUCGCGUUACAUUGCCUAUACCUCCGUCGGGCCUCCAACAGUACGAAGCGAAGAUGCCGUAUCCGAACCUAGAGCUUGCCACGAGUCGAGGCGUUUCCCAGCUUGUCAUAGGGUGUUACGUAGCUCAGCUGUAUCUUCGGAAGCAGCUGGUAUCUGUGCACAGUCCAUUGAAAUAUACAAGAUGCACGAAUCGAGAAGACGCCAUUAUAGAGCUGCAAGGGGCACUCAAGAACUCCAGAGAUAAGUGGGUGCCUCCAAGUUCGCAAUGGAAGGACGGCGACCCUCCGCCUAGUGAUGCGUUAUCCGCCUGCCUUCGCGCGAGGUACUGGGACAUACAAGUUGCUCUUUAUCUUCCUUUUCUUGAAGUUGUGCUCGAAAGGAAACCUACCCCUCCUGGUCUCUACCGGAGUAUUCUAGCCUCUAAUGCAGACAGCAUAAUGGACUCUACCACGAUAUCAUUUGUCAAACUGGCCAUCGAAGCACUGUUCGAGAGCAUACAGGCUUUUCGGGGAUUGGAUAAACAGCACCUAAUAAUCUUUGGCCUGCCACGGACGGCUCAGACUCAAUGUGAAAAUCUCCUGGUGCUGGCUGCCUGCUCCAAGAACGAUAUCCUCAGCAGGUUCAUCGACCGAAAGAUACUGCGCGCUCUAUUUAAGUGGGUCAUAUCAUUGUUCCAGAGGAUCGCUUAUCCGACCAGUGCGCUUCAGGCUGAGAUGAGUAGCCUCAUUCGCCUGGCGGACUACCUUGAUCUCAUGCAUGGUGACAAAUGAGACGGCGCCGACGCCACCAUCUUUAUAGAAGGCAUGUAUAAUAUUUGUGCCAAUAAGACUGAGCAAUGGUGCUUGGUGUGUAUAUUAUGGAUAAUAUCAUUGUAAUUGUCGAUAGGAAUGCGGCCAAGGAGAUCUGCAGUUAGAUGGAUUGAAGGAUAGUCAACAGGAUCAUGGCAAACGCCGGGCGUCUAAGAUACGUACCGAUAUCCUUUGUAUAUAAAUAGAAGAGAUUCCCGCCAUCAACGGAUGGAGGGAAUAGUACGCAGCACGGCCCCCGAGACCAUUGUGAAUUAUUAUUCGAUUCGCUGCACUAUUAGCCAAGCCAUAACCCCACCUUGUCACAGUUGGCCAACACCAUGAACCGUGCGACGAUAUAGGGGAUGCUUUGCAUCUUCGUGUCUUUAACAGGACACCCUAAUGUGAUAAACCCAACCAUGUUUUUCGGUAAGUAUUUGAACUUCUUAUCUACAUCGGCAAAUAAUAGUGCCUAUUAAAUAAGCAGUUAAUGAGAAAG